AUUGGCAAUGGAGUACGGCUUCAAAACCCUAGCAGCUGGGGUGGUGUUCAUCGUCGUGCUGCUCCUGCAGCGGGCGCCCGUGCUGGUCCGGGCCACCGACCCCGACCCUCUCCAGGACUUCUGCGUCGCCGACCUCGGCAGCGAGGUGACGGUGAACGGGCACCCCUGCAAGCCCGCGUCGGCGGCCGGCGACGAGUUCCUCUUCUCGUCCAGGCUAGCCACGGGCGGCGACGUGAACGCCAACCCGAACGGCUCCAACGUCACGGAGCUCGACGUCGCCGGGUGGCCCGGCGUCAACACGCUCGGCGUGUCCAUGAACCGCGUCGACUUCGCCCCCGUCGGCACCAACCCGCCGCACGUCCACCCGCGCGCCACCGAGGUCGGCGUCGUGCUCCGCGGCGAGCUCCUCGUCGGCAUCAUCGGCAGCCUCGACAGCGGGAACAGGCUGUACUCCAAGGUGGUCCGCGCCGGCGAGACGUUCGUCAUCCCGAGGGGGCUGAUGCACUUCCAGUUCAACGUCGGCAAGACGGAGGCCACCAUGAUCGUCUCUUUCAACAGCCAGAACCCCGGCAUCGUGUUCGUGCCGCUGACGUUGUUCGGCUCCAACCCGCCCAUCCCGACGCCGGUGCUCGUCAAGGCUCUCCGGGUGGACGCCGGCGUCGUUGAGCUGCUCAAGUCCAAGUUCACCGGAGGAUACUGAU